AUGCUCUCCCAGGACUUCGUCUCGGCCAUCUGCGGCCCUGCGCUCGCUGCCAACACCGCCAUAGCUAAGGAUGUCGGCAUCUACUCACACGCUCUGACUCCCUCUCACGCCGUCAAGGCAACCUUCAAGAAGAGUUCCACUCCGGUCAACUGCCUGGCCCUCAGCGACACGCACAUCUUCGCAGCCCAGCACCAAAAGGCCCACGUCCACGUCUACUCCCGUCAACGCGGCAACCAGGAGGCCCUCGUCCCCUUCCCCGAAAGGAUCCGCAGCUUGACCCUCGCCGGCCAAGUCUUGGUCCUGGGUACCGCCGAGGGGAGACUGUUUCUGUGGGAGGUGUGCACGGGCCGACAAGUGUCAACUCCCCCCUGCCAUGUCCAGGCUGUUUCGUGCUUGGCUGUCACGCCCUAUCACAUCCUGUCCGGCUCGGAUGACUCCAACAUCAACGUCUGGUCGCUAUCACGCCUUCUGGCGUUGGACGUGCAGGCGGAGCAUGAACCUGAGCGGACUCUGUCCAACCACCGCGGCGCCAUCACCAGCCUAGUGGUAAGCCCGAGCACCAACUCCGAGACCAGCAUAUGCGUCUCUGCAAGUAAGGAUAAGACGUGCAUUGUCUGGAACUUCCAGACCGGUCAGAUUCUCCGGACGUUGCUCUUCCCAACGCCACCCCUCUGCGCUUGUCUCGACCCAAGUGCGCGAGCCCUUUUCGUUGCUUCUGAGGACGGCUCUCUCUUCCUCGUUGAGCUGUUUGGGGGCCCAAAGCCUGUUCUUGGCUCUCGGAGUACGGAACCCGCUUCCAUUGUCAUACAGGUCAACGCCCCGCUUGCAGUCUCAGACCCAGAGGCAGGACAGCCGUCCUGUCUUGCUCUCUCAUACGAUGGAACCUCAAUCCUCUCGGGUCACACCAAAGGCAAAAUCUUUCGGUGGAGCCUGGCAGACAAUGCCCACCCAACUGAGAUGGCCAAUCUCAACGCAGCUGUCACGAACCUAUGUUUCGUCUCGCCACUCCCAACCGCACAGCCAACCAAAGCUAUCAAUAUUGUCAAGCCGAAUCACAACCAGAAGAAGUACGUGUUCACUGCCCAGCUCGACAGUGAUCUGAGUUCCGCCACACGGUUCAGUCGAAUGCUCGACUCCAAGGGCUUCUCAUCAGAGUCGAUUGAGACAGCAAUCCCCACCCUCUCCCCUUCGUUAGAUGAGGAAGAGGACCCUGAGCUAGCGAGCCAGAACCAGCAAUUCUGGGCCAUCAUCAACAAUCACCCGGCUUUGCAGAAGCCUGAUUUCCACCAGUCUACUGCAACCCAAAGCCCCGCCUGA